AUGAACGCGCCCAUAGCGAAGAGUAAUUGCUGGACGUGCAAAGAACGCAAAGUUGGCUGUGAUCGCGCCCUGCCACACUGUGCUAAUUGUACCCGCGCGAAGAGGGAAUGUAAAGGCUACGGCUUAAAGCUUGCAUGGCCCGAUAAGUAUGAUGGGCGGAGGAAGCAAAAGAAAUAUCAAGCGGACCCCGACAACAGUGCGACCAACUAUGUGACCAAGUUUGGCGAAUUCUCCUUCCUUAAUACCGGCAAUGGGGAUGUCGAAGGGCAGAAAUACACUGUACGAGAUCUGGCCGCGAGAGGCUGUCCGGCAAUCGAUUUUGGCGUGUCGAGAAGCGUGUCGAGAAGCGUGUCGCCGGGCCUACAUGUCUGGAAACUGGAUUUGUGUGAGCGGGAGGGAUCGCUUUUAUCUUAUUUCCGAGGUUGUUCGUUUAAUUACCCAUUGGCUUCUGAGCGAUACCAAAGUGGAUCGACGUUGACAGAAUCUUUGAUAGACGACUCGGUAGUUGCCCGGAUGAUUACAACGAUUGACGAUAGUACGAACGGUUUUCGACUCCAGAUAAUGCCUAUGGCAUUAACGUCGACAGACGCAUCCGCAACAAGCCUUCUACAGGCCACAUUAGCUUUGGCGUCUUUCCAUUUAGGAAGUCGCGAAGAGGCCCUUACCCACAAAGUCAAGGCUAUCAAGGCGCUUGCGGAGAGUAUCCACUGUGCGUCGCCUCUGGAUGAAAGGAGUCGCCAGACACAGUUCGCGUCGUGUUUGAUGCUUUGUGUAUAUAGUGUCUUUGACACCUCCGACACAAGCUGGUACACCCAUCUCCAAGGCGCCCGCAACGUCAUCAACAGCUGUCGCUCGGCCAUUGCUGCGCACCAGCACGGAUGUAAUCCUUUCCUGGAGGAAUGGUACGAAUAUCACAAUACUUUCUCAGCGUUCACCUACCCAUACCAAUUUGAAACGCCGACACCAUCCAUCCGUGACAUUUUGAUUCCCGAGAGUCUCGCCAAUGAUCGAAGAGUACGUGGAUUUCGCAAUUCGAGCUACGUGCGCCAUGUCGAGACUGACACUGAAGAUAAGAUCGUUGGUCUGCUGGGAUGUUCGACUGAGCUGUUACGGUUGAUAUCGUGCAUCAACCAGUUGCGUACUCUCCUCCUGGGAAUGUGUCCAUCUGAGUCCGAUAUGAUGGCGCUGGCUGUCCAUAUCCGGCUGCGUUUGCUCAAUUUGCGCCAAGAAAUAUUCGUCUACCCCGAUGAGACUUCCGGUCGCAUUUCGCACACACGUAUCCACCGCACGGCAGAGUUCUACCGUGUUGCAGCCAUGCUGUACUUGUAUGAUACGUACCCGGCCGCUGCUCCAUCUUCUUCUACGUCAAGUUCGUCAGAUUCGCCGCUUCCAUUCCCAAGCGUCCCCGAACUCGUUAGCCAGGCUUUCAUGCUGCUUGAUCAGAUGGAAGUGUGUAGUUCGCCUUGGCCACUGUUUGUGGUUGCCUGUAAUGUGACAGAGGACAGGGAUCGCAUUGAAAUCAUGAGAAUAUUCGAAGAAGCGUCCCAGAUUCGAAAAGUUGGAAAUUAUGACGUUAUCAUGGGCUUGGUGAAAACAGUGUGGAGUAGAGUGGAUCUGAGAACUGACGAUGGAAGGGACGGAAAUACAAAGAUAUCGGACUGGCGGGAGCUGAUCGACGAAAAGACGGGCAUGCCUUCCUUCAUAUGA